UUUCUAAAAGUUUCUUCAAUACAAAAAUUUCAAAAUUUUCGACUAAAUUUUUCUUCAAAAUAAAAACUUAAUUAUAAAAAUUUGCAAUGGAUUUAGACACACCAGCCCAUACUCAUUUUGUAAUGGAUGAUGGCCAUCGCCUACUGAUUGCUAUUAUUGCAGAUGAAACAACUACGGUGGGAUUUCUAUUGGCUGGCAUUGGUGAAUGCUUUGGUGGUUUGGGCAAAAAGCAUAUCAACUUUAUGAUUGUCAAUAAAGAGACAAAUAUGAAUGAUGUCGAAAAGUAUUUUAUUUCAAUUUACGAACAAUCCAACAUUGGUGUAAUACUUAUUGCCGCCGAUAUAUGGCAGCACAUUUUACCCUUAUAUGGAAAAAUGAAGAGGAGAAUGUUGCCAAUUGUUUUGGAAAUACCCAUACAAAAUAAAGAUUUUCUCAAAAUAACGAGGAAAUUAAAUUGAAUGUGAAAACAUUAAAAACAAGCGUGCUAAGUUCAACCGGGCCAAAUCUUA